AUGAUGAUAGACGAUGCUUUCGAUACCGAUGGUACAGCAUUUAUUUGUCCUGAAUGUAAUUUCAAUGGUAAAAGUUUACCAGAAUUAAUUAGUCAUUUAGAUGAAGCACAUAGUGAAGAGACUAUAAAUAAAAGUGAAUCACCACCGAAAAAUUUAUCAUCAAUAUCAAAUGAAAAACGUUCAAGACGUAAACCAGCAUUUAGUCAUCAAAUCAUUUCUCAAGCACCACGGCAAACAUCACCAAUAUUUAAACAAUCAAAUGUUGAUCCAGGUUCGAUUCAUUUUUGGAAUCGUGUUAUUUCAGUUGAUGAAAAUGAUCGGCGAUUUUCCGAGCCAAAUGUAAUUCGUGAUGAAAAUAUUAUAUUUUCAAAAACUAGUCCACAACGACCAAUAGCACCAAAAAUUACAAAUAGUCCAUCAACAAUCAUCAAUUCUCCACCAGUUCUUCCACAAUCCUCAUUCUAUUCUUCAACAAUACAACCAAUACAAAAAAAUUUCCAAUGUAGAGUUUGUCAUUUAACUUACAAGAAUUUUCAUGAUUGUACAGCACAUAUACGUCGAAAACAUGAAAUAAGUCAUGCACAAGCUGGUCGUUAUGUUGGAAAACUCGAUACAGAUGUGCCAUAUCCACCAUCAGCAACAGGACAUUAUAAAAUUCGUCUGAAAGUUAAAUCUUUACCACCACCACCACCGCUACCAUUACCAUCUGUAUUACCAAUAACAACAGUUGAAAAUUUUACUAAAACAUAUCAAUGUAAAUAUUGUUCAUAUUCAACACCUUGGUUAAAAGAUAUUGCACGACAUGAAAAACAAAAACAUAAAAAUUAUACUUCCUAUACACAAGACGAAUUAAUGCAUAAUAAUAAUAAUAAUAACCUUCAUGAUUUAUCUGCACUCUUAAUUGAUAAUGUUGAAUCAUACAAUGAUAUUCUUCCAAAUCAAAGUGAUGACAUGAUUAUGAUUGAAGAAGAUGUUGAUGAUGAUGAAGAUGAUGCUCUUUGGAGAUAUCAACAAGAAAUAAAUAAUUUAUCUGAAUCAACGAUCAAUAGUAAUAAUAAUAAUAAUAAUAAUAGUAAUAAUAAUAAUGCUUUAAUUACAAAAUCAUUUAAAAAAUUUCAAUGUCCACAUUGUGAACAUUCAUCACCAAAAUUAGCUAAACUUAAACUUCAUAUUGCAACACAUACUAACAUUAAACCAUUUAUGUGUUCAAUAUGUGGUUGGCGUGCAAAUCUUCGAUGGUAUAUUCAGUGUCAUGCAAAAAAACGUCAUCCAAAUCAAAAUUUUGAAGUUUUACAAUUAUCACAAGAAGAAGCUGAACAAACUAUAAAUGCAUAUAUGCGAGAACAUGGUUUUCAAGCUAAACUUCAUAAUCGUCAUGAUUCUAAACAUCAUUAUCAAUGUUCAUUAUGUCAAUUUCGUUCUAAUCAUCCUCGAUUUAUUGAACAACAUAUUGAAGCUAAUCAUACAAAUAUAAUGGAACAAAAUAAUAAUUCAAAUAUGAUUCCAAUGGAUACAAACGCACCAUAUUCAUCAAAAAUUGUUUAUUCCAAUUUUUCAACUCAUCCAAAUUUUAAUCCAAAUCGUUUAUAUUAUUGUUCAUUAUGUUAUCGUGGUUAUCGUUGGCGUUAUGAUGUUAAACGUCAUCAUAAAACAAUGCAUGAAACACCUGAUGAUGAAUUAAAAAGUCGUAAUUUUCAUUAUUUAGAAUAUAUUCCACAUCUUGAUAGUUUAAUAUCAGCAACAAUGUCAAGUAUACAUAAUCAAUUAAAAAAUGAAAAUGAUAUGGAAGAUGAUGAUGAUUUAAAAUUAAGUAUUGCUGAUGCAAGAACAGUUGCUGUAACUGAUGAUGAAGCUAUUGAAUUAAUGAUGAUUGAACCAGAAAAAUCUGAUAGAGAUCAAAUUGUUAUUGAUGAUCAUCCUGAAGAUUCUAUUAUAAUAUUUGAAGAAGAUCGACCAGAUAAAUCGUCAAUUGGAAUAACAAAAAUAUCGUCGUCUCGACCAUCAUAUAAACCAUUUCGUUGUCCAUAUUGCUUUUAUCGUACAAAUUGGCGUACAGAUUGCAUACGUCAUAUACGUGCAAGACAUAAAAUUGAACCGAGUCAACAUGGUUAUUAUGAAAUGUCACAUGAUGAUGCAGAAAAAACUUAUGAUGAAUAUGAACGUACAUAUGGUUUUGUUGUAUCAAAAAAAGUUUUAGCUCGUUAUACUGAUUUUCGUCAAAUUGAAUGGGAAGAUUUAAAAAAAACUAUUUGGGAAAAAAUUAAAGAUAAAACAGAUUUUGAACAAUCUAUUUAUGAUCGUCUUCAACCAGAUAAUUAUACAACAACAACAGCAACAGCAACAAACACAACAACAACAACAACAACAAUACCAUCAUCAUCAUCAUCCGUAUCUGCAAUACCAUCACAACCAAUUGUUGUUACACUACCAAAUAGAAAUCCAACGAUAAAACCUAGACGAGUAUUUACUUGCAUGGAUUGUGCAUUCCAUUCACAUCGAAUUUAUGAAUUAGAACGACAUGUUUGUUCAAAAAUUCAAAAAUUUCAAUCACAAAAAUCUCAUGGACAAUUUCCUGUUUCUUUAUAUGAAUGUACGAAAUGUUUAUAUCGAACAAUGAAUGUAAAUUAUGCUAAACAACAUACUUAUCUUCAUCAAUUAAAAGAUAAGAAAAAAGUUUUCUAUUAUUGUUCAUUUUGUGGUUAUAAUCAUCGAUAUCGAAAUAAAAUUAUUGUACAUAUUGCAAAAAAUCAUCCAAAACGAACUUCUUUCAAUAGUUUAAUUUCUUGUCAUUAUGAAUUCGAUGCUGAUUUUUCAAUACGACAUGCAAUUCUAAAACGAUCAUUUAUUGAACAACAAUUAAAGAAACCGAAAGUCUUCUAUUGUCUGUCAUGUCCGUAUAUAUCGGCAACAAUUGUAGAACAUAAUCAACAUAGAUCAUAUCAUCAAAAAAAUUCAUUAAAUUUAUACAAAUGUCAAAAUUGUUCAUUUGCAUCAAAUUCUUUAAUAUAUACUAAUCAACAUAAACUACUUCAUUCAAAACAAGCUCGAUUAUUAUCAUCAAAUAUUGAUAUUAAAAACUUAAAAUAUAUACCUGUAUCGACAAUUUACAAAGAAAUUCUUGGUAAAUCUCGUCGUUAUAAUUGCCCAUUCUGUAAUAAAUUCCCAUCAAAUUAUUCUUCAACCAUACUCAAUCAUAUUAAAAAUAUUCAUGCUGGGAACAGUAAACAAUUUCAUGGUAGUUUAAUUAUUGGUGCAGAUAUGGCUAAAGAAAUACUAUUUUUAGGAGGUAAGGAAAAUAAAUAA